GGCCGUGUUUACGUGCACGGCUGCGUCACCCGAGCGAUGACAUCACUGCGCUUACGUAGAGACAGCGUCCGUGCCUUUGCGCCAUGAAUCGCCAGUGUGGUGCGCGUCUCGACAUCAGGGUGUGAAGACUGAAGCUCGGGAGGAUCGAAGGUCUUGGAUUUGUUUAUUUCUCGCCUGUGGUUGAGUGUAAAUCCAGCAGCAUGUCCGUCUCCAGCACACCCACCAGUAAUGAUGCCUGCCUGAGCAUCGUCCACAGCCUCAUGUGCCAUCGGCAGGGUGGAGAGAGCGAGUCCUUCUCCAAACGAGCCAUAGAGAGCUUGGUGAAGAAGCUGAAAGAGAAGAAAGAUGAGCUGGACUCUUUGAUCACUGCCAUCACCACAAACGGAGCUCAUCCCAGUAAAUGCGUGACUAUACAGCGCACGCUGGACGGUAGACUGCAGGUGGCAGGUCGUAAAGGAUUUCCUCAUGUCAUCUACGCACGUCUGUGGCGUUGGCCGGACCUGCACAAGAACGAGCUGAAACAUGUCAAAUACUGCCAGUUUGCCUUUGACCUGAAGUGUGACAAUGUUUGUGUGAACCCGUACCAUUACGAGAGGGUCGUUUCUCCAAGCAUCGAUCUGUCUGUUCUGACGCUGGGCGGCCCAGGUCCAAGUGGAGAGCUGAUGGUGAAGGAGGAGUUUGAGGGUCAGUCGUCUCAUUCCGCAGCUGAUGGAGGUCACAGUAUUCAAACCAUCCAGCACACGGCCACGCCCUCUGCCCCGCCUGACACUUUCAACAGCCCCGUCCUCCUGCCGCCAGCUGACCACACAAGCUCCACCUCCACCUCGGCUUUCAGCGCUAUGGCUGCCGGUCCAAACAAUGCUCCCAGCUCGUGGCCCAGAGGAAGCAGCUUUCCUCCCAGCAUUCCUCAUCAGAACGGUCAUCUUCAGCACCACCCUCCUCUUCCUCACACAGGACAGUACUGGUCAGUCCAUAAUGAGCUGGCCUUCCAGCCACCGAUAUCCACACAUCCAGCUCCAGAUUACUGGUGCUCAAUCGCAUACUUUGAGAUGGACAUUCAAGUGGGCGAGACUUUUAAGGUGCCCUCCAACUGUCCUGUGGUGACGGUGGAUGGUUAUGUGGACCCGUCUGGUGGAGAUCGCUUCUGUCUGGGCCAGCUGAGUAACGUUCAUCGCACUGAGGCCAUCGAGAGAGCCAGGCUUCACAUUGGUAAAGGUGUCCAGUUGGAGUGUAAAGGUGAAGGAGAUGUGUGGGUUCGCUGUCUCAGUGAUCACGCUGUGUUUGUCCAGAGUUAUUAUCUGGACCGAGAGGCUGGACGAGCUCCGGGUGACGCCGUCCACAAAAUAUACCCCAGCGCCUACAUCAAGGUGUUUGAUCUGCGUCAGUGUCAUCGGCAGAUGCAGCAGCAGGCAGCGACGGCUCAGGCUGCAGCGGCUGCACAAGCGGAUGCAGUGGCUGGAAACAUCCCAGGCCCGGGGUCUGUGGGCGGCAUCGCUCCGGCUAUCAGUCUGUCUGCGGCGGCAGGCAUCGGUGUGGACGACCUGCGGCGGCUCUGCAUUCUGCGCAUGAGUUUCGUGAAAGGCUGGGGUCCCGAUUACCCUCGCCAGAGCAUCAAGGAGACCCCAUGCUGGAUCGAAAUUCACCUGCACCGGGCCCUUCAGCUCCUGGACGAGGUUCUGCACACCAUGCCUAUAUCUGACCCACAACCUCUGGACUGACAACCACACUUACUUUAAUACAGUGCAUAUCACCCUAAACUGACCUCUAUGACCUGAAAUGACCUUCCACAGGGGCGGAUUCAUGUGGAGAAACCAGCAAAACACUAUUGUUGAGCAAUUUAUGCUGAGACUUUUGACUUUUUUUGUACAGGAAAGUGGUGCAGGAUGGAUGAAAUGGAGAUGUUUGUGUGUGUGUGUGUGUGUGUGUUUAUUUCCAGUGUAGGGAGGUUGGAUCAGAGCAGUAUUGUGGCCACAUACACACUGCAGAUGUUAAUUCGUUUUAGGUUAAUUCUGUGCACAUUCACACAACACAACACAGGAGGAAUGAUGUGCAAUAAUUGUUCUCCCAAAAUAAAUUGGCUCCUGGGUAGCUUGCUGAGGUCAAGGACCCCUUAGGUGGAGGGCAAGGGGGCCCUAAGGAUCCCAGAAUGCUGCAACAUUCAUUGAUUAAUUUUCCUUCGACGUAGUCCCUUAUUUAUCAGGGGUCACCACGGCAGAAUGAACUACCAACUA